UGCACGUCACUAGAACCUACAAGGCACAAAUCCCAAUGAAGUUUCCAGAACUGUCACAACAAUCAUCUUACAUCCAAACUAUGACAGUAACACCAACAACAAUGACAUUGCUCUGCUCAGACUGUCCUCACCAGUCACCUUCACAGACUACAUCAGACCUGUGUGUCUGGCAGCCAGUGACAGUGUGUUCAACAGCGGUACUGAUAGCUGGGUCACUGGCUGGGGUACAGUCCAGGAGGGAGUAUUGUUACCUUUCCCUGGAACUCUACAAGAGGUGGAGGUUCCCGUUUUGGGAAACAGACAGUGUAACUGUCUGAAUGGAGUCGGCACAGUCACAGACAACAUGAUCUGUGCAGGUCUUCUGGAAGGAGGAAAAGACUCCUGUCAGGGUGACUCAGGAGGUCCAAUGGUUAGUAAGCAGGGCUCCGUUUGGGUCCAGUCUGGUAUUGUUAGUUUUGGUUUUGGCUGCGCUCGGCCCAAUCUGCCAGGAGUCUACUCCAGAGUGUCCCAGUACGAGUCCUGGAUCAGCUCCCACAUCACCUCCGAUCAGCCAGGCUUUGUCCAGUUCAGCUCCAGUGGGUUGGACACUGACAGCAGCUACACCUGUCCUGGUCUGCCUCCUCCUCCUCCAGUCCAAAGUGUAUCAAAUCCUGCACGCUCAGAGUGUGGCAGUGUUCCUGUGAACAGUCAUGGGGGAACGUGGCCCUGGAUUGUGAGCAUACAUAAGAACGGGGUAUAUACCUGUGCAGGAACCCUUAUUGCUGACAAUUUUGUUAUCACUGCUGCCCAGUGCUUCUCUAGCUCAAAUCCAAACGUUGGUGAUUGGACUGUGUUUCUUGGGCAUCAACGUGUGAACCAAUCAGAAAAGUUUGAAAUGUCUUUGGGCGUUUUGAAGAUUACUCUGAGCCAAAUGGCAGGUUCCAACAUUGCACUUCUGCAGUUGGCUAAACCGGUCAGCUAUACAGAUUCUAUCCAACCUGUGUGUUUGGACAUGAGCAGCGUCAGAACCUUCCAGACUGGAACUCAGUGCUGGGUGGCAGGUUGGGGCGAAGGAGCAGGUCUUCGAAACCUUGAAACUCAAGUAGCCACUUGCAGAGACACCACCGCCUCAGACCACAUUUGUACCCAUUCCAUGGAUGUCCAACAGGGGGAUAAAGGAGGCCCUCUGCUGUGCAUGUCAGAUUCAUUCUGGUUUCAGGUGGCUGUCGUCACUAUGGAUGAAAGGAAAUCUGAGGAUGCAGAUCACCAAGUCUUUGCCCAAGUAGCAAGGUUCCGCUCAUUGAUAAAGACGACAGUAGGCGACAUGCCGGAUCCUGGAGAGAAGAAUUCAGGAAAUGCAGCAGGCUUUUCCAUGUUCCUCUCUUUUGUUUUUCCCAUUACCUCUGUUCUUCUGAUGUCAUGCUUUUAAGUCUUUCUUUUACAACCGUGUUUGACCUCAUUGUUGCACCUCAGCUAAUUCUCAACUAAGAAUUGUCUUUCCAAGGUGUAAUUUCUAUCUGUAAAUGCACUUACAAUACUCAAAUCAUACUUGAAAUUUAUAUGGUUCUAUUUUUACAACAGCAAAAGAUUGUUUAUGUAAUUAUGAUGGGAAUUUUGUUAUACAUAAAUGUCUUUUUCAGAAUGUGUUGAAUUUCACAAAUCCAGGUAAAUGAAGCACAGUUGUGUAUUAUUUAUUCUCCAUUCCAUAUCUUUUCUUUGUCUCUUCUGUGAAAAACUGUCAUGUGUUUUGUUUGGGGUUAUUGUGAGAA